AUGGAUGGCGAACACUGGGAGGUCCGUAGGGGGAACAUGAAGGACGCAUGCGGGGAGGAUGACAACGUGCUGCCAGACGAGGCUGACCUGCAGCACCUGGAGAGGCUGGUGCUCGGCUUCAUGGCAUCGCAGGUGCUGUUUGCGGGCUGCGAGCUCGGCCUGUUCGACCUGCUGGCGGGCAGUGCACUGGGGGCGGGGCCUGUGUCGGGGCGGCUGGGACUGAGCGCGAGGGGGACACAGCAGCUGUUGGACGCACUGGUGGCGUUGAGGCUGCUGGGAGCCACUCCUGGCCCGGAGGGAGAAGUGACAUACACGCUGACCCCGCUGACCCGUGCCUGCCUGACACGUGAAGGCUGUGCCUCCCAGCACCACCUGCUGCGCUAUCUGGGGGGGACGACAUACCGGUUAUGGGCACACCUGGUGGAGGCCGUGAGGUCAGAUGACGAACGGCUGCGUUUCCUGUCGGGGCUGCAAGACACUUGGCGCGACCCCAGGCUGACACGGAAGCUGCUGACAGCCGAGGAUAUGGCUGCCUUCCCACGCGUGUGCGACCUUGGGGGUGGCAGUGGCGAGCUGGCACGCGCGUGGGCAUUGUUCUACCCAGCGAGCAAGGUGACAGUGCUGGAGACACCCCAGGUCGUGCGUGACGUGAUGGACAAGUUCCCGCCCCACGAGCGCGUGUGCUUCAUGCCAGGCGAUUUCUUCCGGGACCCGCUGCCUCCGGCAGACAUGUUCAUCCUCGCCCGCGUCCUGCAUGACUGGGAUGACGUGACGUGUACGCAGCUGCUGGGACGCGUGGGCGGGGCCUGCGGGCCAGGCGGUGCCGUCCUGGUGGUCGAGGCGCUGCUGCCCGAGGAUGAUGAUGUCGGCGAUGACGUGGUCGAGGGGGCGUGGCCUGCACGAUGGGCGUGGCCUGCCGUGCGCACGCGCCUGCUGUCGCUCAACAUGUUGGUGCAGACGCACGGCACAGAGCGCUCGGCCGCCCAGUACCUCGCCCUGCUGGCCGCUGCCGGCUUUACCAGGGGUCGCGCGCAUCGCACGGGCGGGGCCUAUGAUGUCAUCGUGGCACGCAAGUGAUGCGGGAGGGGCGGGGCCAGGGCCUGGAUGCAGAUGAUGUAUGUGAUGCUUUAUUUGCAUGUUGUGUUCAUGUCCUGGUCCACACGCUAAUAUAGUAUUGAAUAUGUAGAUGAGACGAUAAUGGUAGGCUUUAUAUGCAAACUGUGUCCAGAUGAUUGUCCCUAUUUGUAGUGCAGGCUAAUGAGGCCUUUGAUAUG